AGGAAAAUAGGAAUAUUCCAAUCUCUCUCUCUCUCGCUUUCUUGGGCGGUACGAGAACGCAUUAACACACACUUCUCGCUCUCCCUCUCUCUAAACAAAUUCAAACCCCUUUCUCUCUCAUCAACCUCCAAUCACACACACAAACCCCUAUCUAGGGUUUCAACUGUCACUUCUGAUCUUCAACGCCAGAUCUUACGCCAAAAAUAUUGAUUCAUUUGCGGAAUCGGAGCACAUAGCUUGAUACUUCGAUCACUAGUCAAUCUAUUCGAUGGCGGAAGAGCAGUCGGCGGCGGCCGCGUCGUCGGACAACGGUACUGCGCCGGCGGCGUUAGGGCACUCGGUGAUACCUAUAGUCAACAAGCUACAGGACAUAUUCGCGCAGCUUGGAAGCCAGUCGACGAUCGAGUUGCCACAGGUGGCGGUGGUCGGAAGCCAGAGCAGCGGCAAAUCCAGUGUGUUGGAGGCGCUCGUUGGGCGCGAUUUCUUGCCACGUGGAAAUGAUAUUUGCACGCGUCGCCCGCUCGUGCUUCAGCUCGUGCAGAUGAAGAGGAAGGCUGAUGGAACAGACGAGGAGUGGGGGGAGUUUUUGCAUUUGCCUGGCAAGAGGUUCUUUGAUUUCAAUGAAAUCCGCAAGGAGAUUCAGGCUGAAACAGAUAGAGAAGCCGGAGGGAACAAAGGUGUUUCAGACAAACAGAUUCGUUUGAAGAUUUUCUCCCCAAAUGUGCUUGAUAUUACUCUUGUGGAUCUGCCUGGUUUGACAAAAGUUCCUGUUGGUGAUCAGCCAUCUGAUAUUGAAGCACGGAUUAGAACAAUGAUAAUGUCAUAUAUUAAACUUCAAAGUUGCUUGAUACUGGCUGUGACACCAGCAAAUUCAGAUCUGGCAAAUUCUGACGCACUUCAAAUGGCAGGAAUUGCUGACCCUGAUGGUUAUAGAACUAUUGGUGUAAUUACUAAGUUAGAUAUCAUGGACAGGGGUACUGAUGCUCGCAACUUUCUGCUUGGAAAAGUUAUUCCUCUUCGGCUUGGUUAUGUAGGUGUUGUGAAUCGCAGUCAAGAGGAUAUUCUAUUGAACCGGAGCAUCAAGGAUGCCCUUAUUGCCGAGGAGAAGUUCUUUCGCAGCCGGCCAGUGUAUAGCGAUCUUGCUGAUCGUUGUGGAGUGCCGCAGUUGGCAAAGAAGUUGAACCAGAUUCUGGUACAACAUAUUAAGACAGUUCUCCCGGGGUUGAAGACGCGUAUUAGUGCUGCACUGGUUUCUGUUGCAAAGGAGCAUGCUAGUUAUGGAGAGAUUACUGAAUCAAAGGCUGGCCAGGGAGCACUACUACUAAACAUUCUUUCAAAAUACUCGGAAGCAUUCUCCUCAAUGAUAGACGGAAAGAAUGAAGAAAUGUCAACAUCUGAGCUGUCUGGUGGAGCAAGAAUCCAUUACAUUUUCCAAAAUAUAUUCGUGAAGAGCUUGGAGGAUGUAGAUCCUUGUGAGGAUUUAACUGAUGAUGACAUCCGUACUGCAAUUCAAAAUGCAACUGGUCCCAAGUCUGCCUUAUUUGUGCCAGAAGUUCCAUUUGAAGUUCUCGUUAGAAGACAAAUAGCUCGUUUAUUUGAUCCAAGUCUUCAAUGUGCUAGAUUUAUAUAUGAUGAGCUAAUAAAGAUGAGCCAUCGCUGUAUGGUUAAUGAGCUGCAACGGUUUCCAGUCCUAAGAAAACGCAUGGAUGAGGUCAUUGGAAAUUUUUUGCGGGAAGGUCUAGAUCCUUCAGAGAUAAUGAUUAGGCAUAUUAUUGAAAUGGAGAUGGAUUACAUAAACACUUCUCAUCCAAAUUUUAUUGGCGGGAGUAAAGCUGUAGAGCUUGCAUUACAACAGACCAAGUCGGCCCGGAUGGCCACACCCAUUUCAAGGCAGAAGGACGGAGGAGACUCAGAGAAAGCACUAAAUUCAGAGAGAAGCCUAAAGUCUCGUGCUAUUCUUGCCCGCCAAGUGAAUGGUAUUGUUCCAGAUCAGGGUGUUCGACCUGUUGCGGAAGCUGAGAAAACUGGAGUUCCAGUUAACAAUGCUGGUUCGACUUGGGGAAUAUCUUCAAUUUUUGGCGGCCAUGAUAAUCGUACAUCUGUAAAAGAGAAUUCGACCAGCAAACCAUUUAGUGAACCUGUUCAGAGUAUGGAGCAGGGCAUCUCAAUGAUUCAUCUGAGAGAGCCCCCUAGUGUGUUGAGGCCCUCAGAAACCCACUCAGAUCAAGAGGCGAUUGAGAUUACUGUUACAAAGCUGUUAUUAAGGUCAUAUUAUGAUAUUGUUAGGAAGAACAUUGAGGACUCUGUGCCAAAAGCAAUUAUGCAUUUUCUGGUAAACCAUACCAAACGAGAGCUCCAUAAUGUUUUCAUCAAAAAGCUUUACAGAGACAACUUGUUUGAAGAAAUGCUACAGGAACCAGAUGAGGUAGCCAUGAAGAGGAAGCGUACGCGCGAGACACUUCGUGUCUUGCAGCAAGCAUUCCGAACUUUGGAUGAACUACCACUUGAAGCUGAUACAGUUGAGAGGGGCUACGGCUUGGGUACUGAUACAACAGGCCUACCAAAGAUCCAUGGCCUUCCAACCUCAUCGUUGUAUAACACUAGCAGUGGUUCAGCCGAAGCAUAUGGUGCUUCGCCCAAAAACUCAAAGUCACGGAAGUCAUCGCAUUCGGGGGAGCUGCACUCACCAUAUUAUUCAGAUUUUAAUGGAGGACGUAGUUCUAUGCUGGGUAUUUAUCCAACAAUUGAUACUUAGGCCUGUGAGGAAUGCUGCAGACCAGAAUAUUCAUCGGGAUGACUCCAUACAUGGUAUUCCUGAUUGAUGAAGAAUCGUCUUUUGUGGAUCAGUGCGGUGAAGGGUCAGCAUUCUAAUUAAACGGAGAAUGGUGAAAUUGACUUUAUAGGUUUCCCUAUUCAUACAGCAUAUUCUUUUUUUUUCUUUUCCCCUAAUACGGUUAGUUAUAAAAUGGCUUGAUUAAAAUAGCUCCAAUAAGAAAUAGGAGCCACUGCUUCCUAACUUCAGAGUGUGCUGUGACCCUUUUCCCCAUUUUUGUUCGCAGUAGCAGAUGUAUCAAAGCUAUUUGGACAACUCUAGUUCCUUAAACAGUUGUUUUGUCUACCCCAAAUGUUGAAUUUGACAAGGGUUUAAAACUGCAGUUUUUCUGAUAAGCUUCAAUGGAAGACAUCUGUAUAGAAAGCA